GUUUUGAAGAAAUAAUUAUUAUAUCUGUAACUGAUAUAUUUUUAGGUGCUAUACGUGAUAAUAUAAGAAAAUUAAUGAUUUUUCGUAAUAGGAAAAAAUAUGUUCCGAGUGUGCUGAUGUACCACAAAUGAGUUUUACUCUUGGAUACUUUAAUAUAAAUGGAGAAGAAAUAGAUCUUAUAACAUUAUCAAUUCUAGAAACAAGUAGUAAACGAUUUUCAAGUCGUACUAUUAGUAUAUCUGAUCAUUAUCAAGAAGUAUCAAUAUUUUUAGGUCAAGAACUUAAAUUAUCAUGUUUCUAUGAUACAAUUCCUCAUGAAAAAAGACACAUAUUUUCAAAACAAACAUAUGCUACAUGGAUCUUAAUGGAUAAAUUAUUACUAUCUUAUGGAAACAAUUAUGAUUUUUUCAAUAUAAGAGAUGAUGGACGAGUUAGUACUGUUAGUAUUGCAAGUUAUACAACUCGUGAUACAAUAGAAAACUUUUAUUCAUGUCUUAUUUACCAUUAUAAAAAUAAAUCACUUAAAACUUCAAGACAAGCUUUAUUUACAUUUGGUAUUGUUGUAUUAGAUAAAAGUGAAGUAUUUGAAAGUGUAAUUUGGAAAGAAUGGAGUUUUAUUUGUAAAGUUAUAAUCAUGUUCAUAUUCAUGAUAAUUUGGUGUUUAUUGGAAAUAUUGCAAGAUAUUAAAAAUGGAUAUGGUUUUUAUAGACUUCCACAAAUUAUUAGCAAUUCCACUUCUGUUAUAAAUUUUGUUUUGUCUAAAAAUGGUGUAAUAUUACUUGGUAGUCAACAAGCUGCAAAUGAAGUUGUAUCAAAAAUUUUAAAUGAUUGAAUCUUUCAUCUAAUCUUAUUAAGAAAAAAAAAUAGUAUUAA